AUGUUCGCUACCGGUCUACUAACCCAUCAGGCGAAAGAUUGGUGGGAUGCGCACAGUAAGGAAGUAGGUGAAGAUAGACUGCAAAUUAUGACUUGGCAAGAGUUCAAGAGGCCCUUCAUGAGAUAUCAUUGUCCUCAGUCGGCUAUCGACAAGAUUCAGGAGGAUUUCUUGCGCCUCCGGCAGAAAAAUGAGUCAGUAAAUGAAAUAUCAAAUGCUUUCAUGGAUAAGAUGAAGUUCUGUGGGGAAUUGGUAACAACCCAAAGAAUGAAGAUAAAUCGUUUCCAUGGCGUGUUAAAGGCAGAAAUUAGAGAGUUCAUCACUCCCUCAAAAUGUGAAACCCUCGAUGAGCUCAUCAAUUUAGCUCGCGAUAGAGAGAUUGAAAUUAAAAGGCAAGAAGAGCGAGGUGAAAAGAGACCAAGCGAAAAGGGUGCAAGUUCUAGUCCGUCUAAAAAGGGGAAAUUUCAGGAUCAAGGAAGGAAGGGUAAGUCGAAAGGUGGAAUUACUCCAUGCAAGACUUGUGGGAAGCUCCAUAUCGGAGAAUGUUUGUUAGGCAAGAAGGGGUGCUUCAAAUGCGGUAAGGAGGGGCAUUCGUCUUAUCAAUGCCCGAACAACCCAAAGACUUGUUUCAAUUGUUUCGAAAAGGGGCAUAUCAAAUCGGAAUGCCCGAAGCUUCAGCAAGAGUCAAAGAAAGAAGAUAAGAAGCAAGAGGGUUCUAGGGCGAAAGGGAGAAUGUUUCAAAUUACAUCUGAAGAAGCCAAAUCCCAGCCGAAUGUGGUCUCAGAUAUCUUUUUAAUAAACUCCAUACUGGUUUAUGUUUUGUUUGAUACUGGAGCCACUAUGUCAUUUAUCUCUAGUGAAGUCGUACAACAUCCUUCCUUUAGGAUUGAACGAAUGUCGAUACCCUUAGAAGUAGAAACAGCAGAUAGUAAAAAUUACUUAUUACACGAAAUAUGUAAGAAUUGUAAAUUAACCAUUGAGGAUGAGGAGUUUGCUAUUGACCUCAUACCUAUGAUCUUGGGGGAAUUUAAAGUAAUAGUGGGUAUGGAUUGGAUGUCUCAAAACCACGCGGAGAUAAAUUGUGAAACCAAAACUAUACUUCUCCAAACUCCAAGUGGAAGGCGAUUAAACAUACAAGGCGAAAGAAAGUUGGAAGCGAAGUUAUGUACUCUCGUUCAAGCUACUAAGUAUGUGCUUAACGGGAGUAGGGCAUAUUUAGCUUACGUGGUAAAUACUCAACAAGGCUCCCCGAAGUUUGAAGAUGUUGAAAUUGUGAACGAAUUUCCGGAUGUGUUUCCGGAGGAAUUGCCGGGACUCCCUCCCGAACGAGAGAAGAUUCAUACAGGAUUUUCAAAGAUAGCCUUACCCUUAACAAAACUGACGAGAAAGAAAGAGAAGUUUGUGUGGGGUAAAGAACAGGAGGAGGCUUUUCAAAUGUUAAAGGAAAAACUAUCUCGUCCCCCGGUCUUGACAUUACCGGAUGGAACUGAAGACCUGGUGGUCUAUUCAGAUGCUUCACACCAGGGAUUAGGCUGUGUUCUGAUGCAAAAGGGAAGAGUUAUCGCUUAUGCUUCACGACAGUUGAAGCCGCAUGAAGUGAACUACCCAACCCACAAUCUAGAAUUAGCAGCGAAAGACCUAAAUAUGAGGCAGCGGAGAUGGUUGGAGCUUAUUAAAGAUUAUGAUUGUGAUAUCCUUUAUUACCCGGGAAAAGCAAAUGUGGUAGCCGAUGCGUUAAGCCGAAAAGAUUAUCUGUCUCCCCUUCGGGUAAAAUCCAAGAAAAUGAUAGUUACGCCACGAUUACUCGAGACGAUACGUGAAUCUCAAAUAAAGUCGCUCGCAGUAGAAGACCUGAGGAGAGAACGAUUAAAAGGUGUAAUCGAUAAACUAGAAGAAAAUUCGACCGGACUUAAGACGCGAUUCGGCCGAAUUUGGAUACCACGAUUCUGCGAAGUCAAGGCCACUCUACUCGACGAUGCACAUAAAUCACGAUAUUCGGUCCACCCCGGGGCUACAAAGAUGUAUCGGGACUUAAAAACCGGUUAUUGGUGGCCGGGCAUGAAGCGUGAUAUAGUUAAAUACGUCGCGAAAUGCUUAACAUGCUCCCAGGUGAAAGCAGAACAUCAAAAGCCGUACGGGAAAUUACAACCCUUGGAGAUACCGUUGAGGAAGUGUCUUGCGGAUGACACAGCAUUAGAACCACUUGAUGAUAUUGAGUUGGACGAGGGAUUGAACUAUGUCGAAAGACCCAUAGCCAUUAAAGACUUCAAGGUAAAGAAUCUCCGCAAGAAAACUGUUAGACAAGUGUUGGUAUAA